AUAUCAAGUCGACAUCGAGGCCCCAAGGCUGUGAGCAUCGGUCUCUGUUGACUCGAAUCAAAGACGAGUGAGAGUCUACGAUUCAUGCCAGUGACUUUACUGUAAAUAUGGAUCCACCGAAGUCACUCUUGAAAGGUCGAACGAUGAACUGGGGUCAAAGUCACCACUUGUAAAUGGCAUUGCUGCAGCGUCUUGUGCGGUUAGUUCAACUUGGUUGUGCGUUGAAUUGAGCGUGCAGUUUGGUUGCCUCGUUGCCAAAAGUCGCGCUCCAAACAAAGCAGCGAGCGGGAGAGUGCAGAAGAAUCCCCCAAAACUCCCUCGCCCACGACCACACCUGCAACAACAACACAACACGACACUAUCCAACAACUUUCAUCAUGUCUGGCAAAGGAAAAUCUGGCGGCAAGGGAGGAAAACAGUCUAAUGCAGACAGGACCCAGAUCUCGCACUCUGCCCGUGCUGGUCUUCAAUUUCCCGUGGGACGUGUCAGGCGUUUCCUCAAGGCACGUACACAAAACAACAUGCGCGUUGGAAGUACUGCUGCUGUCUACGCCGCAGCCAUCCUCGAGUACCUCACCGCCGAGGUGCUAGAGCUCGCCGGAAACGCUUCAAAGGACCUCAAGGUGAAGCGUAUCACCCCGCGUCACUUGCAACUCGCUAUCCGCGGAGACGAAGAGUUGGAUCAGCUCAUCACAGCCACAAUCUCUGGUGGUGGUGUUCUGCCUCACAUCAACCCUAGCCUUCUCGCUGGCUCCAAGCCCAAGGCACAGGUUUCGUCUGCCUAGGCAUGCUGGCUAUGUCCCUAUCGCGCCUUGCUGCCAUACAGUCGUCGCGGAACCUCAAUUGAGCUUCUCAUCUGGGUAGGAGACCUGCGUUGGUGUAAAUAGUUGUACUUGUUAUGGAUUUUCCACUAUCUUAAGGCCAUGCUGGCUUGAUCGUCGCGUAUGCUGUGUGUACCCAUCGCUUGGCUCUAGCCUGGCGGCUGACCAGUAACGAGCGUCUUCUGUAUGCUCGCUGGGCUCAGACGCAAGCUGAAGUGUGC